AUGAAUUGUAAAGUGCUUUAUGUUUUUGUAGAUAUUAAAAUAGACAUCCAACAUUUAUAUGAACUUAUAGUUAGUAAUUUUAGUGAUAAAAAUAUUGCUUUAUUAGGAACAAUUCAAUUUAACAGUGCUGUUAAUAGACUUUGUCAUAAAUUUAAAACAUCCCAAAACAAUAAUGUUAAUAUUCCUAGAGUUAGACCAUUAAGUAAUGGAGAGGUAUUGGGUUGUACUAGUCCUGUAAUUAAAGAAGAUAUUGUUGUUUAUAUUGGAGAUGGAAGAUUUCAUUUAGAAUCAGCUAUGAUUAGAAACCCUCAAAAAGAAUUCUAUAAAUACUCACCGUAUGACAGAAAAUUAACAAAAGAAUUUUAUGAUUUUGAUAAAAUGAUUAACCUUCGUAAUGAAGCUUCUACUGUUUUAAAAAAAUCAAAAUAUGAAAAUAUAACAUUUGGAGUUAUUUUAUCAAAUCUUGGUAAACAAGCUAAUCAAUAUUUAUUUGAAAGAGUUGUUAAAAAGUUAAAAAGUUUUAAUAUUAAAGUUUAUAAAAUAGUAUGCGGUGAAAUUAAUAAUGAAAUAUUGAAGAUUUACUCAUUUUGUGAUGGGUUUGUUCAAAUUGGAUGUCCCAGAUUAAGCAUUGAUUGGGGGUGUGGGUAUAUUAAACCACUUUUAUCACCUUAUGAAAUUUUUAGAUAUUUAGAUGAUCAUAAAGGUGCAUAUAUGAUGGAUUAUUACUCAAAAGAAGAAAAAAACCCCUGGAGUAUGUAUGGUGAAUAA